AAAUAAGGUCGUGUGUGUGAGAAAGAUAAAUAGGCCGCUAGGUGGCGCGGAACUUUGGCGCUAAACCGAACACCUCACGAUCACUUGAAUGAGACCGGAUACUUCACUCUCCGCUGUCUGUUCACAUUACCGGACCGAUCCGGAUGUCUAAAUGCUCCGUAGCAGCACUGAGGAGGUUACGGCCGGAUACAGUUCAGAAACCGGCGCUAUCAGUUCAUCCGGGAGUGAGCGCAGCUUCAGCGCAGCUCUGCGCAGGCGGCAGGAGGAUGGAGCAAUGUACCGGUGUCCCCUGUCCCGCUCACACACACCACAAAGCGCUACCUCCUGCUCCGGUCCUGGAUCAACCUCCGCCACUGUAGCUGGUGUCCAGACAACUCCGGCUCCAGCAGGUGUGAACAGGGUGAACUCGUCCAGCUCGUCAUGGACCGGUGGUGGGAUCUACAGCUCGUUGUGCAGGAGCUCGAGCACUCCUUGCCUCAGGAAGACACCAGGCUCAGCUUCACGCACCCUGCUGGGACCAGCUGCACAGAGGGAGCUCAACAUGACAUCGUCCUCAUCUGCAUCUGUGUCUCAUGCUGCAUCUGUGAUUGUGGCUGUGGUGGAAGGCCGGGGUUUAGCCAGAGGAGAAAUUGGCAUGGCCAGCAUCAACACAAAGUCCCCUGAGUUGGUACUCUCACAGUUUGCAGAUACUGGGACUUAUGCCAAGGUCAUUACCAAACUGCAUAUCUUGAUGCCUCUUGAGAUUCUGAUGCCAGACACUGCAAGUGAGAAAGGCCACGGAACCAAGCUGUUCAAUAUCAUCACGGAGAACUUUCCGUCUGUAGGCUUCACAGCCAUUCAGAGGAAGUACUUUAACGAAAAGAAAGGACUGGAGUACAUCCAGCAGCUCUGUGCACCCGAGUUCAACACUGUUCUUAUGGAUGUACAAACUAAGUACUACUGUCUGGCGGCCGCAGCUGCGCUCCUUAAGUACUUUGAGUUCAUUCAGAACUCAGUCUAUGCUCCUAAAUCUCUAAAAGUUAACUUCACUGGCAGUGAGCAGACUGCCAUGAUUGAUGCAGUAUCAGCCAGGAACUUGGAGCUGGUGAUUAACAACAGGGACCACAGGAGUGAACACACUCUUCUUGAGGUCUUAAACUAUACCAAGACACCUGGUGGUGAGAGGAGGCUUCGCUCUAACAUUCUGGAGCCUCUGCUGGAUGUCGACACCAUUAACACACGACUGGACGCCAUCCAGGAGCUGCUGCAGGGUGAGGAAAUCUUCUUUGGUCUCAAGAGUGCAAUCACACAAUUCUUGGAUAUAGAUCAGCUGCUCUCUGCUCUUGUGCAGCUCCCUAAGCAAGAGACGGUUGAAGUGGCCGAGGCCAAGAUAAUGCACGUCAUUCAGCUGAAACACACGCUAGAAUUGAUUGAACCACUCAAGAUGGUGUUGAAGGACGCUAAGACAGCCUUACUGAAAGCUUAUUACACUUCACUAGAUGAUAGCAGGUUUAACAGCAUUCUGGACCAAAUCAAAACAGUGAUCAACAAUGACACCAGCUAUAUGAAGGGCAGUCUGAAUAUGCGCACACAAAAGUGCUACGCUGUACGCCCCAAUGUCAACGAAUUGCUAGACAUUGCACGUCGAGCCUACACUGAAGUAGUGGAUGAUGUAGCAGGUUUAGUAGAUCAGCUCGGAGAGAAGUAUGGCCUUCCACUGCGCACUAGUUUUAACACUGCUCGAGGUUUUUUCAUCCAGAUGAGGCUGGAAGGUUUUGGUCUGCCUGAUGGACAACUCCCAGGAGAGUUUAUCAAAGUAACUAGACAAAAAAACAACUACAGCUUUACUACGUUGGACCUGAUGAAGAUGAAUGAUCGCUGUGAUGAAGCUUUGAAGGAGAUAUUUCACAUGUCUUAUAUCGUGGUAUGCAGGUUACUCAGCGAGGUGUAUAAACAUAUUCACUGCUUGUAUAAGCUGUCUGAUGCCGUGUCCAUGCUGGAUAUGCUGCUGUCCCUUGCCAAUGUUUGCACUAUUUCAGAGUACGUGCGCCCUGAAUUCACCGAUACACUGGCAAUAAGACAAGGACGCCAUCCGAUUCUGGAACGCAUUGCUGGCCAGCAGCCCAUCCCCAACAACAGCCAUAUCACUGAGGGAAGCAACUUUGUUAUAAUCACAGGCCCAAACAUGAGUGGCAAGUCCACUUACCUCAAACAGGUGGCCCUCAGCCAAAUCAUGGCUCAGAUAGGAUCAUAUGUGCCUGCCGAAUUUGCCUCGUUCCGUGUUGCUGAUCAGAUAUUCACACGGAUAGGAGUAGAUGAUGAUUUUGAGACCAACUCCUCAACAUUUAUGGUUGAGAUGAAGGAGGUCUCCUACAUAAUACACAAUGCGAGUAACAGGUCACUGAUUAUAAUUGAUGAGCUGGGACGUGGCACUAGUGCCGAGGAGGGCAUCGGAAUUUGUCAUUCGGUUUGCGAGUUCCUCAUCAAUCUGAAGGCCUUCACUCUGUUUGCCACCCACUUCCUGGAGCUGUGUCAGUUGGAGACUCUUUACCCUAACGUCGAGAAUCAACACAUGCAGGUCCAGCACAUGUGUGGGACUGAGAACAGCACAGAGAGUGUGGUCUACACCUACCUGCUGACUCAAGGCUUUUCUGAGGAAAGCAACUACGGCAUAAGAGCAGCAGAAAACACAUCAUUUCCACUAUCCAUCAUCCAGGAGGCUAAGUCUAUAUCAGCCAAAGUUAGCCAAAAGUUAUGGGCUAAGCAUCAUAGUGACCCAACCACACUGCGACAAGGGAUAGUGUUUCGUCUGGCCACAAGAUUGUUACAGACAGCCCGAAACUCCAGGCUGGAUCCAGACAGUCUCCGUCUUUACCUAAAAGGCCUAAAGAGAAACUAUGAAGUUGAGUUAAAGGACAGAUUAGGGUCCAUGGACACAGAAGAGUGAUGCCCACUUCACCUAAACUAACAGAAAUAAACUGGAUUUUAAGAUCUUAGCCACAUUGUGUAAAUCCAGUAUCACAACUGGUGACUGACUUAGUUGUUUUAAAGGGGACCUGUUUAAUCAGAUUGCCCAGAUAUUGUUCUGAUUUUGUUCUCUGAUGCACAAAGACAAUUAAAACUGCUUUGUUGGUUUAUACUCUACAGCAUGUUGAGCAGGAAACAUAUGUUUGGCUUUCCUAUUAAAGAAUUAACUAAAUAAGAUAUAUUACUUUUUCUUCACUAGGCCAUCCACCAU